CUAGUCACGUGCUCUACUCCUCAACUCUUUAGUUUUGUUUACUUUUGUUCAAAUAUUUGAUAAACAACUGAGAACUUUUAAUUAUUGUUAGUAGAACUUAAAGUCCGAUAUAAGAAUGGCCAUUGUAUUCACAUUGUUUUUAUUUUUUACAUUAGGUAGUUGUGUAAUUGAAGCUCGAUCAGUUAAACAGGAAGCUAACAGUUAUGGUUGUGUAUGUUCAAAUUAUAGUUGUGGAUGUUGUGCUCAUUUAGAAGUUCCAAAAGUUGGCCUAAAUGAUACAGGUUGUGUAAAUCUUACUUAUUUGCAAAAAGAUUAUGGAAUAUCUUUUACAGUGACAAUUGACAAUCUAACAAUUUAUAAUGAAACAAUAUCAGCAAGAAGUCCACCUCCCAUGUGUUUUGGAGCACCUAUUCUAAAGGAAUAUGCUGAUCUUUGCGUACAUUUUUAUGACCUCAAUGUAACAAGGCAUUCAGCACAUGGUUGUGUUGACUUAGAAGCAAGGUUAAAUAGAAUCGUUGUUGGACGCUACAAAAUUGGAUGCUUUAAUUUGGGUAAUUUAAGAUGGAAAUCCUAUUAUAAUAAAUUGAUCCAGCAUAUAUUAUCGAAGAAUGUUCAUGCACCGGAAUUUUCUGUUGUUCAGAUUGAUUACAAUCAUCUUAAGUCAUAUUCUUCUGUACCUUUGAAAAAACUGAGAUAUAUAUAAUUCAAAUUAAGUUUUUAAAUGUAUAUUUAUGUGAUACUUUUAACCAAAGGUGUAUGCUCUCUUGUUAAAAGCUGUCAGCUCUUUUUUUAAAGUUCUUUCAAUAACUUAUCAAAAUUUUUUUCUUAUGAAUGCGCUAUGUAGUAAUAUAUGUGUAUAAUGAUACUUAAAAUCUGCUGUUAAUUGGAUUUGAAUAACAUAUUUCUGUAGAAUGUUUUGUACUAUUUUUAAUAACAUAUAAUGUAAGUGAUUUUUAAAAUUUAACAUAUUUGAUUGUACAUAUUGAAGUACUGAGUAUGUAAUAAUAAAUAAAUUGCAUAUUUUAAGAUAUAUUGCAUACUGAUAUUAAUAUGCAUUAAGAAAUAGCUUUUUAAAUGGAAUCAACAACUUGAAUAUCGGUGGCAAAAUAACAUAAGAUUUAUGAAUGGAAAAUGUUUAAAACGUUCAAACAUGGUCGUCAUGUAAGGAGAGAAUUAAAAAUAGUUGAACUUAGGUUAGGUAUUAACCUUUUUUGGGGAAGUGUGUAAUUUUAUGAGUAGCAAAAGUUGUGAUGCUAAAGGUUGUAAACAUUUACAAGUAUUAGAGGUUGUAAUGCUAAAUAUAAUAAAUGUGAAAGGUCUACAUUUAGAGAUGUUAUUACCAGUUUAUAUAUAUAUAUGAUUAUAUUACUGAGAAACUUGGAUAUUAACAGAAAUUGGGUUAGGGUUAUAAGGUUUUACAUUUUGGACAAUAUUAGUUUUGUUUCUGUAUAAUAAUCUAAAGAUGUUGAAGUAGUUCAUUUGAUAGAUACCAUAUCUACAGAAUUUAAAAGUUUUGAAUUUUAUGGACUUGCAUCUUUUUUACAGAAAAAUUUUUUAAAUAUAUUUCCUCAUUCAUAUUUAGGUUUUGUUGCUCAUUGUUUUUCAUUUUCUGUUAAUAUGCUAAAUUAAUAUAAUGUUGUUGCCAUAAUUUCAUAUUAUAUAAAGAUCAAUGGCAUAUUUUAAUUAAACAUAAUUAGAUUUACAGACAUAUUUCUUCCUUUCACGUACCCAGCUUUUUCAGCAUAUAGUUUAGAAAUCUGAUUACUUUAAAUACUGUUCUUCUUAUUAAAAUAAUUGUAUUAUUUUUCUGUGCCUUGUAGAUUGCUACCAUAAAUAUGGUAUGAUAACAGUAAGUGGCUUUUUUUAGGUAUAGUGUAUAGUAAUAUUAAACAUCUCUUCAUAUGUACUUUUUAAUCUGCUAAAUUCUUCUUUUGUUUCCUCCCCUCAGAAAGCGUGUACCAUGUAUUUUUUUUUUUUUUCAUUUAUCAAGAGAUAAAAUUAAUUAAAGGAGGAGAGGCAAAUAUACAAGUGUAAUAUAGUAUACUUUUUAUGCAUUUAAAAUCAUUCAUGUUUCACAAAAUAUUUCAGAUUCUUUUUUUUUAAUGUCAAGUAUUUUUCUUAAUAUUUGAAUGGUAGAAAAGACAAUUAUUAAUUAACUUUGAUGCUUUUUACUUAUAAUGGUGGAUUUUUACAUUCUAGUAAAUUACCAUAAGGUGAAAUUUUCAUAAGCAAAAUUGUGAAUAAUAGGUCAAAUCUCUAGGAUGUUAGGACAAUAAAUAUGCUCAGAAAAUUUACAUCAGCCUGUAGUUGAGCAGACUUAUUUAACAUAAUGCUUAUUAUAUUAUCAAGUAUUAAACAACUUAUGUAAUUUAUUGAAUAAUGUACUUAAAGUGAAAAAUGGAAUGUCUGUUCACAUUAAAUGUAUGCAUCUGAAAAUAUUCUGAGUCUAAAGAAUUAUUGGCGCUAUGGAUUUGAGUUAAUUGUUGGGUGAUUUGCAUCUUCUGAUAACAGCAAUAUUAAUUUUUCAUUCUUCUAAUGAGUCAUAAGAUGGUGGAUACAUGCAAUGUCUCAUAGGAGGCAUUUUGGCAUCAGUUGUUUAAGGUUUAGUUGGCAUUGUAUUCUUCAGAAAACAUAAUGAAUUGAUGAUUUUCAUCUUCUAUUCAUUAUGUAUUCCCUUGUAUCAAACAAGAUUAUCUUCUUUGUAUCCAUUAUACAUGUGCACACUGUGUAUAUUAUAUCAUUACUCUCCAUGGAAAAAAUAAAAAUUUAUACGUGCUAUUUCUUCUGAAUGCAUAUUAAUUUUACGAAAUUAAAAAAAAAAAAAGUGUUAGAUUGUUAGAUUAUCUGUCGGUGCAAAAGAACAUGUGUGCAUAAAGCUUUUAAAAUUAAAUAUUUUUAAAACAAUAGUUUUAAUUUAUCUUUACAAAUAUUAUCUUAGAAUGUUUCAGUUGGUACAGCAAUAAUGUUGUGGGUUCAUCAGUUUCAGUAUGGUAAGAAAUUGUAAAGUUCUGUUGUUCAAACCCUCUUAUUGUCAGGUCAUGAACUCUCACUAAAUUGUCAAAGCUUUUAAUAUAUGCAAAUUAUUAUCUUUAUAUUUUUCAUACAAAGUUCUGAUUAUGAUGUUGAAUUGUGAGCUUGAUUUUUUCAUUAAAUAUUUUUUAUAACUCAUGUGUUUGCAAUUUGCGUAUCAGUUUGUAAAAUAAAUAUGGUUUUGUUAUC